AUGUGUACCCAUACCUACACUGGUACCUGCACCAGUACCGGUACCUGCACCUACACCGGUACCUGUACCUACACCUGUACCUGUACCUACAGCCACACCUACACCUGUACCUGUACCUACACCUGUACCUACACCUCUACACCUGUACCUGUACCUACACCUGUACCUACAGUCACACCAGUACCUACACCUACACCUGUACCUACACCUACACCUUCCUUCAACUCCCUGUCCAUCAUCUCCCUGUCCAUCAUUUCCCUGUCCACCAUCUCCUGCUCCUUCAUCUCCCUGUCCAUCAUCUCCCUGACCACUGUCUCUCGGUCCUUCAGCUCCCUGUCCUACAUCUCCCAGUCCUUCAGCUCCCAGUCCUUCAGCUCCCUGUCCUACAUCUCCCAGUCCUUCAUCUCCCACUCCCCCAUCCCCUCCGAGGGAGGGUGA